AUGGGGACGGCACCUGCCGCUGCCGGUGGCGAUCGGCUGAGCAACCUUCCGGACUGCCUCCUGCACAGCGUGCUGUCGCACCUCCGCUCCCGGCAGGUGGUGCACACCGGCCUGCUCUCGCGCCGGUGGAGGCACCUCUGGCGCGCCGUGCCGUGCGUCGACAUCCACCAUCGUGACUUCCUGGACGAACCCGAGCCGGAGCCGGAACCGGAGGCCUUCUACCGGGCAGAUGGCGCUUUCGAUGCGGCCAUGUACGACGCGCACAGACAAGCGCAGGACAAGAGGAUGGGCAGGGAGAUCAUGCAGCGACAAGACUCCGUCCUACCCCUCAACGCCGCGUCGCCGCUCGACGCGUACCGGCUGCACCUCGGCGGCGACGUGCACCUCCGCAAGGGCAUGGGCCGGUGGAUCCGCCGCGCCCUUGCGCGCCGCCCCGCCGAGCUCCGCGUCGCCUGCGACUACGACCAUGGCAAUGGCUACCACAGAUCUUCCAAGGAUCCCUUCUUUUCCUUGGGCAUCUUCUCCCGCACCGCCGGGGUCACCAGCCGUCUACGGAGGCUGUCCCUCUCCGGAUUGAUCCUUUUUGAGCUCUUCGAGGAGGAGCUAAGAUCAGAGUGCCCUGUCCUGGAAGACCUGCAGCUCGUCAACUGCGAAUGCCACCGGCAGUCCCCGGGCCGCCUCCGCAUCACCUCCAGGUCGCUCAAGAGGUUGGCCAUCGUGAGCAGUUCCAGCGAGGCGCGACUGUGCCUCACCGCUCCUGCCCUUGUUUCCUUAAACGUCGGCAUGCCGGUCGCCGUGGAAGAAGAGAUGCCGUCCCUCGCCGUGGCGUCCAUCUCGUGCCAUGCCGGCGUACUCAGUCUCUUGAAAUCCCUGCGAACCGCCAGAGCCUUGGAACUGCAGAGGUUCACCACAUGUGCAUUGGUUGGGGAGGAACCCGAACUGUUCCGCGAGUUCCAUAACCUGAGAACGUUGGUCCUGACAGAAUGUGAGAUUGGGGAUGGAUGCCAGGUUCUGGCGCAUGCGUUGAAGAGCUUCCCGAAUCUGGAGAGAAUCGUGCUGCAAGAUUGCAUGGUGAUGUAUCUUUUGCCGAGAGUCUCACUAAUGUGUAGACAGUUUACUGCAAUUGAACUUUGGUUUAAUAAUCUACUACCAUCAUCUCACUACAUUAAUAAUCUACUACCAUCAUCUCACUACAUUAAUGAUUACAGAUCUCGGGGAGUUGUAUGAGGCUGGUCAUAGUGGGAGUAAC